AUGCAGCUCAAGUCCCUCGCCCUCUGCUCGCUGGCGGCCGUCACCACGUCGGCGGCGGCGGCGGCGGUCACGUCGGACAACCCGCGCUCGCAGCAGAGCUGCCUGUGCAGCAACACGGUCGAGACGCUGCUAUCGGCCUACGUGCGCAUCCUCAGCGAGCCCAAGUGGAACGACACUGAGGCCAAGUACCUGGCCGACAGCUUCCGGGACACGUCGGACAGCAUCAACAUCCUAGCCGGGAUCCCCCUGGGCAGCGUCACCUUCCCGAGCAAGCAGGCCCUCAUCGCCCACGAGACGAGCGCGCCCGACAACCUUCCCAUCAAAAUCACCAGCAUAGGCCCCUACGACUGCACCUCCGUCUCGUUCAUCUGGUCGGCGACGUUCGGCGCCGGCAACCCAGUGCGCGGUAUCACGAUCUUAGGCGCGACCAAGGCGGCGGGCUGGUGGCAGAUCGCGAGCAUCGACAUGGAGAUGAACUCGUGCGCCUUUGCACGCAACAUCGGCGGAACGUGCGUGCCCCCCGGUGCGCCGCCAUCUUGA